AUGCCAAAAGUUUACAAGCCAAACAAGGCUUUCAUGCGUUUAAGAACCGCCAUCAUUUACAAUAAGAGACCGAGACAUGUCUUUUUGAUGAUGUUGCUCACAAUCCUGUUGGUGCUCUUGUAUUCUUUCAAACGCAACGGAUCAUCAUUGCUUUCGAUCUUGUUGUUCCAGCCGAGAACACCACCGACACGAGCACCGACAUUGUCUCCUACGACAGCUGAGAGUUUCAUUGAAGGAUCCUCCCCCUAUACUCCGGGGCAAUUGGAAGAGGCAAUGAUGAAGGUUUCGACCACCCGAGAGGACUUUCGGUACGAUGUGCAAUUUAUUGACGAAUGCGAUUUGUUUCUGAAUCCCAAUCGGACCGACUUUUAUCAACCAUAUCACGAUGUGGUCGAAAGCCUCGAUCAGUAUGCGGAAGCUGUGAAGGGGUUUCACACAUCCGUCCACGAUUUGCGGGAAGUACCGCCGGAAGAACAGGAAGCAUUGUGUGGAUCCAUGAACGAUUUGUUGUGGAAGCAAGACGGUGAUGAUGGGGGGGACACCAUAUUUCAAACGAAUGCAUUGUCGUUAACCCGAGGAGGCUACGUUGAGCAAUUGUUACCACCAUUGCGACAUCCAAAGUUUUGUGAAGACCCUUUCAGUCUUGAUCACUUAUUGGAAAUUGAUUACUUGGUUCAUGACUUUGGCGCCAUAUGUCGACACUUGACCAAGCACCCCAAGGCACGGACUGUGUUUUUCGAUUUGGGAGCUUCGUUGGAAUUUCACGGUGGCGUAGACAAUCCGGCCCUGACAUUAUUGGAAUUGUAUCAACAGUUUGGGGUCACCUUUGACCAUUACUAUGCCUUUGAAUACACACCACUGCCACCAGCACAAGUGUUCGAGAAGAUUCCUGAAUUCCUAUUAGAUUCGUACCAUUGGUUCAAUAUUCCUGUGGACGCAGAGCCAUCCAAGAAGAACAAUCCUUGGACUUCUCUACUCUCCAGGUUUCAUGAAGAUGACUUUGUUGUCAUCAAAUUGGACAUUGACACCCCUCAGGUGGAAAUACCGCUCAUUCAUCAAUUGCUACAAGAGAAGUAUAGCACGGUGGUAGAUCAGUUGUAUUUCGAGCAUCAUGUACGGAUGAAACACUUGUAUCGACAGUGGCAGCGUACUGCAUGGGGAACUUUGCAAGAUUCCCUGGACUUGUUCACCCGACUUCGUAAAACAGGCAUUGCUGCGCAUUCCUGGGUCUAG